GCUUGUUUUUUGUUGCUGUUUUUCUCUAUUUUUUCUCUAGCUUUGAGACAAUCUGCUACAGGUGGAGCGUGACGGGCCCCUCCCCUCGCUGACGGGGAACGUGGCAUGCAAAUACAGUCUGUGCAGGUAUCAGGUAUCCUGGCUCGACUCGACUCGGAGCAAGCUGUGUUGAGUUGACACAGUGCUGCAGUUUUGCUGCCGUUGCUCCUACCAUUGCAGCUUCCCUCAGCACUAUAGAGUAGAGUGGGAGAGGCUACCGUGGCACUAGCCAUGCUGAGGGGGUUGACUUUGGCCGCCGUGCCCAGCGAGCAGCAGUGUCCAGAGUAAACAGCCGUCAGGUCCAGCGCCAGCGGCCAGCCCCCAGAAAAUGCCCACGGCGGACGUGCUGGCCGCGCACUUCGACAUGCAGCUGCUGGGGAAGCUGACGCUGUCCGUGGCCACUGUAUUAUUCAUCUCGUGGGCGUACCGCUUCUACAGUUCCAGAGGUCGCCGUGGGGGUCAGAUUCAGCAGAAAGGAGUGGCGGCCAGCACCUCAUCACCACCCCCACCAUUAUCAUCAUCAUCAUCAUCAUCACCACCACCGUCAUCACUGUCAUCAUCUAGUCACCAUGCUUCGGGGUCGCCACCAAAGUGCAGCAGCUGUAAGAUGGAGCUUCGCCCCCGCGGUAAAGUGACACCAGAAGCCGCCGCCACAGGUAACAGCAGUCCACGGAGCCGGCAGGUGUCAAAAAUAUCUGUGUGCUCAGCGGCCACACCUGACAGGGGUGACGCACACGUCAACAACGGGGGGCAACGCCCCGGCAACCGGGCCACAGCUGAUCACAUCAUCACAACAACAGUAGCUGUGUCAGAGAAGACAAGUCAGAGCACCAGAGACACAGAGGCGUGCAGCUCAGUUAUGAGCGACUUGGAAAGGCAAGCAGUGGCUAACAAGCUGGCCACCACCCUGACUUCUCCAUCUGUGGGUAGGGCUAGCUUAGCCAGCCCCAUCGGGCGCCUAUCUCCGUGCCCGGUCAGUCCAACUGGACCUCUGUCCCCGGGCCUGGCCAGUCCAACUGGCCGUCUGUCCCCCUCCCCGAGCAGCCCCACCGGGCGUCGGUCCCCCGCAUGCCUGCUGAGGAAGCUGGACGGUGCUGUGGAAGUGGGCAGGGAGCUCUUCCAGGACACGAGCCACCAGGGCAACUUCUCCAGCUUCCAGUCCAAGGCCGAGGUCAAAGUGGAGGAGGGAGACCUCGUGUUCGAGAGCCCGGCGGAAGGUGGAGGAAAGGAGGUGCGCGGAAAGAUCUACGAUUAUUUUGUGGAGUCCUCAUCCCAUUCCAUCUCGGAUGUAAACUCUUCUGGUAGUCCGACGAGUGUCUGUUAUCAUAGUUCACACCCAAUAAAGCUAGUGACUCUACAUAGCACCAGCACCAACAGCAACGACCUCCCUCACAUCCCGAGGACCAUCAGCCCCCCUCUGAUCAUGCGGGAUGUGGUGUUCAGCCAAGGCUCGUCAGUGGAUGACAAUCUGUCUCCCACCAGCUCCAACUCGUCUCCCCGCGACGACCAGCCUAAGAGGGGGCUUCUCCGGCAGGACAGCUACCUGAUAGCUGCUGCUAACUAUGAGUCUCCCUGUAUGACUGGCAAUGGCUCUGGUCCUCUACGCGGCCAUUCUCCAGCUCCACUAUCAGCAGACGUCCCUUUCAGCUCUGUCAGCCUGAAGAUGACGGCGACGCCUGACAAAGACGAGCCGAGCUUGGAGACGGUAGCCGGGGCCAAAUUCGUACACGUCCCCCUGGAGGGCUUGUCCAGCUCCGACUGGGAGAGUCUGACGGGGAAGCUCGAUCUAGGCAACUGCCUGGAGGCCCUGGAGCUGGCCAAGAAGCACGGCCACGGCGCCCUGCAGCUGGCCUCUCUCCGAGUCAUGUCUGACAACUACCUCAAGGUCCUCCGGGACCCGGGCCUGUAUGGCAGGCUGCGAGCCGGGGAACGGGAACAGAUCCAGCGACUGCGGAUGAAAGGCCGACAGUGCCUCAUGGUGGCCGAUAUGGAGUCACCCGACUGGUCCAGACGGUCCUCGCCGCAAACAAAGGAGACAAAGGAAAGUCCCCGGACGUCUGGCGGCCUCUAUUACUAUGACGACUACAAAGACACCUGGCACCGGCAGUGUGACAUCCCGCCGGAGGUGGCUUCGGUUGGCUCGGCCAUGUGCACCAUGGAUAACUAUCUGUUUGUGGCCGUCGGCUGCCAGGGCUCGGACCGUGCCAUGGUGCCGUCCAGAAAAGUGUUCUGCUUCAACCCGGUCACGUCCAUUUGGAGGGAGAUCUGCCCCAUGAACGAGGCCAGGCCGCACUGCAAGCUGGUCGCCCUCCAGGGCCACCUCUACGCCAUCGGCGGUGAGUGCCUGUCGACCGUGGAGCGCUACGACCCGCGUGCCGACCGCUGGACGUUCGUGGCCCCGCUUCCCAACGACACAUUCGCCGUGGCGCACCGCGCCACCGCGUGCAACGGCGAGCUCUUUGUGUCGGGCGGCACCCUGCGCUACACGCUCCUGCGCUACAGCCCCAAGACCAACACCUGGCGCCAGAGCCUGAUCGUGGGCACCAAGGAGCGGACCACUGAGAUGCUGGCGGUAAGGAGCUUCCUCUACCGCUUUGACGUCAACCCGUUGUUCGGCAUCAACAUCUACCGCUACCACACGGCUGCACGGCUAUGGUACGAGUGCUGCACCAAGCAACUGCCGCACUGCCCUGCCUUCCAGUGCGUCGCCAUGAGCGAUGUGAUCUACUGCGUGAGCCGACAGUUCACCAUGAGGUUCCUGGCCGACGAGGUCUCGCCCGGCUUCGUGGCUGAGGACCUGAGUGUCCUCUCCACGGCCAAGGGCAUCUUGUUCCCCUUCGUCCUGGCCCUGCCUGAUAAGAGCGCCGUUCAAACCAGCGUGUGAAUCACCACAAGAUCAGCCGCAACCACUAGACGCACAGGGACCCAAGACACCGGGAAAUGUGGUUUUGUUUGUGUGCAAAGCCAAGCGAAUGCAAUUCAGUUGGGUUAGGAAUGAAAAAGGACCACUGCCGAAGGUAAUUAUGGCGCAACAUUGUCAGAUUCUUUCUGUACACUGUGCCAGGAGAAAAUUGACUGUUUCAGGGAGAGCUAUUUGUUUUUUGGAAUUUCUAUUCACACAAGCGAUUUAUGGCAGCCACUAAAUCUUCCUAAUAUUGGGUUCCUCUUUCAGUGCUAACUCACGAAUACUAUGGAGCUCUAAUGCAAAUAUAACAAUUAAUCAGAUGGCUAGGCAAAAUAUAUGGUGCAAAGAUAAACACAAGGCUGUAAAGAUGCCAUAGCAUUAGGGGUUAUUAGCACAGUUAUCCAUUUAAUCUCACAAAUGCUCUCUAAAAUGUUUCCCAUUUAAACUGUUUCCAUAGUGAACACUAUAUUUUAGCUUUUUUCUUUGCUAAAAGCAAAAAUGAAAUGUGAGAUGAGGAAAUAUAUGUCCACAUCUGUUCAAAUAUAUGCAAACGUUAUUACAUUACUAGCAGGCAAAUCCUAAGAGUUGUGAUUCAACCUCUGGUCCGCUUUCUGACUUAACAACCACUAAGACACUAACUUGUUGAUACUGUAAAGGUGGUGGUGCUUAGUAAAUGACUGUCCUCUGCAGCAACCUUUACGCUAAUCAUUCAUGACAUGCCCGUAACUCUGCAGCCAUUAACUAUCAAUGUCUUUCAAGUUCCCAUCCAGAUAUACUUCAAUACAUCUCAGCUGUUUCUUCCUGUAUGUACGAUCCUACCCGAAAGCCCUGUAUGAGAAAUUAAGAUACCCUACACAUGCUGUAAUUUGAUUACUUGAGAGUGAAGUAGAGGAAUGAAUGUUAGACAUUGCCUGGACACUUCAUCAGUCACUUGUAUAUUUUGCUGUGUCUAUAUGCUAUCCAUUUGGAUAAUUAUGAUUAUUUAUUUGUUUGUUUUCUAGUUUAAAUUACAUAUCCCACAAAAAGAGACAACUAAGAAAUAUGUGUAUAUGAACCAGAAAAUGACUAUCCAUUUAUAAUCAGAUAUUGUCUGAAUUUAGUUCUGUGUUUAUUGACUAUGCAGUUUAUUAUUUCUCUGUUUUGAUGAAUAUCUGACCUUUAAACAUGUCUGGCACAACACGGAAAGGACAAACAAUCAGGAAACGGCGAAAGUAAGCUGCUGGCAGGUCUACGGAUAUCACCUGCCUCUGACGUCCACUCAAGAUAGACAUGUCACUAUAGUGCCCUCAUGUGGCUGAAGAUGGAUUAGUGUGUUGGUGAGAGAACUGUUGGUGCAGUUUGCUAGUACAACAGGAGCAUUGAGAGACAGAGAGAGAGAGAGACAGAGAGUGAGAGAAAGAGAAGCAGGAAGGAAAAGAAAGUGAAAGAUGAAGAUUGUGAAUGUAGAUGAGUUGAUUGGGACAAAAUUAGAUUUAGAGAAGGCGUAAAAGAGAGGGAGAGAGAGGGAGAUGGAGAGAGGGAGAGGAAGCAAGAGAGAGAGAGAGACUAAUUACACUGUUUGAAUGGUAUAAUGACCAGCAGGGAGGAACCCAUGCAGCGAGCCUCACCAGUGAUGCCAAACAGUGGGUGAAGUCUGCCACAGAUGGCUGACCAUCAAACUCCAGAGUCUUUGAUUCUUCCUAAUUAAACACUUUCAUUCCCUGUAAUUAAACACCUAAUGGAACGGGAGCGAGACAGUUCCCCUCAGAUUAGCUACCCCAAAAUGACUCAUGGUCUGUGAUCGGCAUCAGAGCUGUUGUCCAAUAGACAUGUCUCUGUCUCAAGGGGCACCAUUGUGUGAUCAUAGAUGUGCUUAUGAAACAUUUGCUGGGGAAAAUAAAUGCCGUGAGUUA